AUGCGGAGGCCGGUUGAGAGAUUUUCAUCAUUUCAUAUGACUCACUCUGGUAAACUAGUACUAGUAGAUAAUGCAAUUUGUAUAAAAAAGGCUGCUCUUCCCUCUUCACUCAUUUUUCUUUUCUUCAUCUUCAUCUUUAUAUUCGACACUGGAAUCUGGAUGCUGGAUGCCGGACUGAACGGCACUAAAUUGGACGACACUAGAUUGUACAACACUGGACUGGACAACACUGGACUGGACAACACUGAACUGGACAACACUGAACUGGAUACAACAUUGGACUGGACGACACUGGACUGA